AUGAAGGUGUAUUUGGACGCAACAGAGUGCCGUUCUGAUGGCUCGCUGUGUUUUUACCCUAUGCUUAACCCGUUUGUCUCUUGGCCUCUGCUUAUUGGGGCGCAUACGGGAUACAUCGUCGUGGUGUUUAUUCUUCAAAAAUGGAUGCAGCAUAGGGCAGCCCUAAAAGUGGAUAAACCGAUGGUGGUCUACAACCUUCUUCAAAUUUUUUUAUCAGCUGCCAUGGCGACCUAUCUUGCCCCAUCUCUAAAGAAAGGUUUAUUCAAUCUUAACGGUCGUUUCUCUCCCGAUAUCGAAUUAUGGAUCUUUGUUCACUAUUGUACUAAGUUUCUGGAUAUGCUGGAUACAGUAUUUAUGAUUUGCAGGAAAAAAGACGAUCAAUUGUCCUUUCUUCAUAUUUACCACCACGCCACAAUUGGAUUUAUCUGGGGGCUUCUCCUAAGACACGGCAUGGGUAAUGGGACCGCCUUCUUUGGGGCAUGGAUUAACUCUGCCGUACACCUUUUAAUGUAUUCCCAUUAUUUGUGGACAUCCUUCGGUUUUCGAAAUCCCCUAAAAUCUGCUCUUACGAAAGUUCAAAUGUUUCAAUUUUUACUUUGCAUUCUUCAAGCCCUGUUGGUUCCCUUCUUUGACCAUCAGUUCACUAUACAAUGGUCCCUACUUCAACUCCUCUACCAUAUAAGUUUAUUUUUCCUUUUUCUAGAUUUUUAUAUGAAAUCAGGGAAGAAAGCGGCACGAAUGAACUCGAAGAAAACAUAG